CUUUUAAUUUAAUAAAAAAAACAAGUCAUUCAUCCAUUAUUAGAUUUUUCAAUUUAUAUGCCAUGAAUUCAUUUAAUUCCACGAUUGAAUCUGUUCAAGAUAAUUGUAUUCGUUACAAUGAAGACCACAAUUGUACUGCUACUAAUGAAACUACCGGAGAACUUUGUGGUGAAACUGAAAGUUUGAAAAUUAUUGAUGAAUUACAAAGAUUAUACGAGACUCGUAUUAAAAAUGUUGAUCACGAACUGAAAAGUGAAUUUGAUCAAGCUUGUAUGAAAUUAGAAAUUUCAAAAGAAUGGAUUAGGAAUUUAAGAGAGGAGAACAUCAUGUUGGUGCAAGUAGUUGAAGAUUUAGAACAAAUUGCUUGUAGCAAAGUUAAAUUAUUAGAACAGAAAUUAAGGCAAUCAUCAAUAAUAGUUUCUGAUAAUAUGUCAAAAUCAAAUCGUACAAAAGAAAAGAUAAAUACACUUUCAAAUCGUAUCAGCGAUUUAGAAAAAGAUGAAGAAUAUAUGAGGCAGAAAAUUGAAUUUCUUCAGAGUGACAUUAGAGGACUAUUGGAAUUAAUACGGCGUGCAGUACAAGAAAACAAGUGGAAUUUGGAUGGCAUAAAAUUUUUGGAAAUACAACCUAGUGACAUUCCUGCUCCUAUGAAUUGUACCUGUGACCAGGGAGAAAUGAGUUACAGAAAGAUGCAAUCUUUGAAAGUACAAAUUGAACAAUUGCAAGAAAAGGAAAAAAAUAUGAUUGCAUAUCAAAAAGAAUUGGAAGACAAAUUAAUAGAUCUCAACACAAAAUUACAAACUAAGGAAGAUGUAAUAACAAAAUACAUUUCUCAAUUUCAAAAUUUUAGUGAGAAUCUUAAAAAACAAGCAAAAUUUGAAGAUGAAAAUCCAUGCAACUCGUUUAUGGCGGGUAAUAAAAAAACUUGUGAUUUUCAGGAAACAUGCAUUGCUUCAAAUGACUGUGUUGAUAUGAAAACAUGCCAACAGAAUCAAGUAAUAUCAUAUUUAACAAAAGUAAAAUCGUUGAUGGAACAAGAAAAGGAAGAUCUCCUCAACUUAAAAAUAGAAUUGGAGAAGACUAUUGAAAAAUUAUGCUGUGGAACAGAUGAAGAACAUGAAUGUGAUGUGAAUGACGUAAUGCAUAAAGUAACAAAAACUAUUGAAUAUAUAAAUAAAAUAUACUCAAAAAAGGAGAAAUCAAUUGCAGUAAUUAAGUCAUUAUCACAUAUAAACAUUAAUGGACACUUUAAAUUAAUGGAGACACUUAAAGCAUGUGCAAGUGAAGCGCAAGUUACCAUGGAAAAUAUUAAGGAUGAAAUGAACGUGAUUGUUUCUACAUUUAAGUUUAAACAUGAUAAGUAUGCUGAUUUAAACAAAGAAGUUCUGGAUGUAGAAAAUCAAUUAAUAAGAACUCAAGAAAAAAUUUCAGAGACAAUUAAUCAACUGCAAUUACAAGAAGAGGAAAGAACGAGACAUAAUCAAAGAAUAACUUCAGGAAACAUUAAAUUAAAAGACAUCAAAAAUGAAAUAAAUCAUAUUCAAUCUCGAUUUUUGGUGCAUAUUAAUGGAAUACGAAAUAAUGAAAGUCUUAUGACAGGGUAUACAGAAAUGUGUAUGUGUAAUGAUUUAUUAUAUUCAGUGAUAGAAGAAAUAGAACAAACAUCACACAGCUUACAAAGAUGCUGUUUCACAUCAGAUCUUGAGGAACUAAAGAAUCAUCUUCAUAAAGCUAACUGUUCCAUAAAGAAAUUACAGGAAAAGGCAGAUGAAGCAUUAACAGAACAUAAUACAGUUGAAACGACAUUUUCUCAAAAGGAACAAAAAUUGGAACAAUUAGAAAAAGAGAUUGAUACAACUCAUUUAAAAAUACAAAACAUAUUGGAAGUAAUUAAAUCUUCAAAUGAGCAGAUAUCUGAUGACAAUAUUGCAGAGUCUCAGCUGUAUACACAGGCUUUAAAUGAAAUAUUGCAAACUAAACAAAAUUUAUAUAAGUUAAGAAAGGAGCAUGACGAAUUAAUGUUUAAAAUUUCGCAGAAAACACUUUAUCAAGAGUGUGAUGAAAAAACGUGUUUAUGGAAAUCUAGAGUAACUGAUUUACAAGAUCAAGUUAAAAUACUGCAGCAUGAGACAAAGUGCAACGUAGAAACAAAUAAUUUUCUAAGAAAUAGUAUUGAGUCAAUGGAAGAAGAACUUCGUAGAGCGCGAGUAAAGUCAGAAAAUUUCAGACGAUCUCAUUCUAUAGACAACAUGGAAUUAAAGAAACAUAUUAUAGAAUUAGAAAAUACUCUUAAACUACAAAGAGAAAUCGAAUGUACUCUUCGGCAACAAUUAAGUGAUAAUGAAAUUGAAUUAAAAAAAUCUAAGGAACUACUGACGUGUUCAAACACUGAACAUAAUACUGAAGAAACAUUGUCACGCUGUGGAUGUUACCAAUUUAGACAUGAUACAAUGACUGUACCACAACUAUUCAAAACACUUCAAGAUACCAUGAAGUCAACAAAAUAUGGUCUUCAAGAACUUAAAGCAGAAUUGAAAAAAUUGUUGUGUGAGGAUGCAUUUAACUACAAUUCUUCAAUAAGAUCCUUGAAGAAUUUAAUGGACAAGUUACAAAAAUAUGAAGAUGAAUUAGAUAGUUGUUCCCAAGAAAUCGAUAAACUUAAAAAUACAUUAUAUUCUAAAGACAAGCUUCUGGAAAAUAUGGAUGAAAUUAUAAGGAUUCAAAAGGAUUCAAUUGUGAUGACACAAGCUGAAUUAAAGGAACUUCAUCAGAAGCUGCAGGAAAAGAUUGAUAAUCAGGAUCAAAUAAUCUCUCAAUAUGAAAAGGAGAAAAAAGAAUUAAUAAAACAGAAUGAACUUCAGGUUCAAACUAUUGGUCAUUUACAAAAUGCUGUAGUAGAAGCUAAGAAAUGUAUAGAUCAAAUGGGACAUAAAGCUAUGAGUGAUGUGAGUGAACAGUGGCCUGCAGCUUCAAUAUAUAGUCAGGGCAAUGUGCAUGAUGUUUAAACUUUGACUUGAAAAUGUUAAACCUGUGCAAAUAACAUUUAAAACUAUUUUUAUAGAGUAGUAGAAUGUAAUGCAUUUUCUCCAGCCUUUUUUAAAUUGAUACAGUUAUUUGUUGUAUAGUCAUAUAGUUUUAAUGUUAUUAUUAAUAAUCUUGAAAUAUUGAAAGAUAAAUUAUUUUU